UUCAAAUUUGUAACCCAGCAGCUUUAGUACGUACAACGGCGUGUAGGGAGCGCACGAGAUACAUUGGUAUUUAUAAAAGUUUCGAAGUAACUGUAGGUUCGGACAGGAUAGAACGAGAAGACAUUUUAACAUCUUUUGUAGUUGUAUACAGAGAAGGAAAUUAAUCCGAGUUAAAAAUGAGUAACACUGAAAAUGUACCAGCUAUGGAGAAGCCUGUGUUUGACCCAAGUCAGUUUGAGGGAGAAUCUCAAACUCAGAAAUUAGCCAGGAAAUCUCGAGAGGCCCCCUUUAUGACUUUUGGCCUGUUAGGGUGUGGUCUUGCCUGUCUUUAUGGAGCCUAUCGUUAUAAAAAUCGUGGUUCUAUGUCAACGUCUGUAUAUCUAAUGCAGCUCCGUGUUGCUGCCCAGGGCACUGUGGUUGCAGCACUUACUUUCGGGGUUGGAUAUACACUCUUCAAACAUCUAUACUAUGAUGAAGCUCAAGAGAAUAAAACGGCCGACAAAUAGUGGGUUGAAAUUUAUACAAGAGCAUCUGAGGAAAUUAAAAUGAGCCUAAACAACUUGAAGAAAAUAAAACUUAUAUCGAUAGAUGUAUCCAUUAUUGCUUAGCUUUGUUUGAAAACAUUUAAUAUUUGCCAUUUUAAAUUAGUAAUGUUUAGAAGUUAAUACAAAAUAUAAGAACAAAUCAGUUUUACUGGAGUAACUUCAAAGCAAAAAGCCUGUCAUAAAAUCAUGUAACUUACUUGUUUCAUGUAUAGAUAUUGUAACAGUGAUUUAUAGUGAAGUUGUGGUGUUUCAGUCCAAGUACACACAUUGGGAAAUAACCAUAGUUGCAUAUCAGUAAAUGUAUUUUUGUGGUCUGUUAGUUCAAGUAAUUGUGAAAAAGAUAGAAUUAAUAGUUUUUCUUAUUGAUAAUAAUUUACAAUUAAGAGGAUUUGACUGUCUUGAAAUGAGCAGGUUAAAGGCAGGUCCUAUCGCUUAAACUCUAACGAUCCAUUAGAUUGAUACUAUUCUGAAUAAAGCAGAUUGUAUAUGUAUUUUAAAUACCUUUAUUGGAAAUUAAGACUGGCAUUUUAAAAGUCGCUUGUAAGGUAACCUUGUUAAGUGCAUUUUGUAGACUGUUACUGUAUGAAAUAAAUGUAAACUGGUGAUUGGGUAAAACUUGUAUUUACGAUCUUGAUAGAACAAUUUAGUCUUUUGAAGAAAAAUAAAAUAUAUUUUGAAUUAUUCUUAGUAUUCUUAAAAAUAGCUAUUUAUGAAGAUGGAAGAAAAGAGUGAGGUGGAAAUAAGCCAUUAAGUUAAUCAGUCGCAGCUUAUUCUCUGAGAGAAAUCAGAUACAAAUGUAACUAACUUUCCAAGCUGCAUUAGGUGGAAACUAUUCCAGUGGUUAAUAUUAUAAAGUUUACAAACUCAUGUCAGAGCUAGUUUCCAAAAACUCUCAUAGUUUAUGUUAAAUAUUAAACUUUCCAUUGACAACUGAAUAAGUCCAGAAAUGCUUCCCAAAUAUGUAGCCUACCCAAACCUUUAGCAACCUUGAAUACAGUUUAAUCUCUCCAAGCUUUUUCAUACCUCUUAGGUUUUAUGCAUUAUUCAGGAAACUAUUUUUCCUUUUUCCAAAAAAAACGGUAUUUCUGUGAUUGGUCGAUCAAAACUGAAUUCAUUGUUUUCAAAUUUUAAAUUUUUGUACAAACAGGUAGCUUUAUUUAUGACACCAGAUCCUUUUUGCUUUAGAAGAAACUUCUAUAACAAAGUCUCCUUAUUUCUUUUGUCGUUAUCCUACUAUAAUUAAGUUUCUCUGUUCUGAAAUAUUUUGAUUCACUACUUGUUAAGCCUACUAACACGCUUUUCAAAUCCAAUCAGCAUUUGCCUUGUUAUAGACGUUUCCUAGCAGCUUAAUAUCAACAGUUUUAUACAGUUCAUAUAUUUUCUUUGCUUUAAUUAAAAAAAACAAAAAAAAA